AUGGCUGAGCCCCGCCAGGAGUUCACUGUGAUGGAAGAUCAUGCUGGGACAUACGGGAAAGAUCUCCCCUCUCAGGGGGGCUACACCCUGCUGCAAGACCAUGAGGGGGACGUGGAUCACGGCCUGAAAGAAUCUCCCCUGCAGACCCCCGCCGAUGAUGGAUAUGAGGAACCAGGCUCUGAAACCUCUGAUGCUAAGAGCACGCCGACGGCGGAAGACGUGACAGCGCCCUUAGUGGAUGAGGGAACCCCCGGCGAGCAGGCGGCCGCUCAGCCCCUCAUGGAGAUCCCAGAAGGAGCCACAGCUGAAGAAGCAGGCAUUGGAGACACCCCCAACCUGGAAGACCAAGCUGCUGGACAUGUGACUCAAGAGUCUGGGAGUGACAAGGCUGUCCAGGAGAGCCUCCUCGGGGAGCCAGGGCGCCGUAGAGGUGAGGCUGCCGACCCGGGCACCCCAGGUCAACCCCACCAGCAUGUGUCCUACGGCCCCAGGGAGGCCACACAGCAGCCUUCGGGGACGGAACCUGAGGACACAGAGGGAAGUCGCCACGGCUUGGAGCUGCUGGAGCACCAGCUUCUGGGGGACCUGUGCCAGGAGGGGCCGCCUCUGAAGGGGGACCAUGACAAAGAGAGGCGGGGGGGCAAGGAUUUCGACGAAGACCGCGAUGUGGAUGAGUCCUCGCCCCAGGACUCCCCUCCGUCCCAGGUCUCCCCGGGUCCGCAGAGCUCCCCAACCCGAGGCGGGGCACCCCCCGACACCGCUUCCAGAGGAGCCCCUGGCUUCCCCGGUUUUUCAGCUGAGGGUGCCAUCCGCCUCCCUGUCGAUUUCCUCUCCAACGUCUCCACAGAGAUCGAGGUGUCAGAGCCCCCCGGGCCCGGCGCAGGGCCCACGGUGGAAGGGCAGGCCACGCCCCCCGAGUUCACCUUCCACGUGGAGAUAAAAGCCAACGUGCAGAAGGAGCAGGGACAUUCAGAGGUGGAUUUGGAAGGGGCUGCCCUUCCAGGGCCCCCCGGAGAGGAGCGAGAGCCCCAGGGCCCUUCUGAGGGAGAGGACACAAAAAAGACUGACCUUCCAGAACCAUCUGAAAAGCAGCCCACAGCGGUUCUGCCAGAGAAGCCCGUCAGCCGGGUCCCUCAACUCAAAGCUCGCAUGGUCAGUAAAGGCAAAGAUGGGACUGGAACCGAUGACAAAAAAGCCAAGACAUCCACACCUUCCUCUGCUAAAACCCUGAAAAAUAGGCCUUGCCUUAGCCCCACACGCCCCACUCCUGGUAGCUCAGACCCUUUGAUCAAACCCUCCAGCCCCGCCGUGUGCCCAGAGUCAUCUUCCUCUCCUAAACACGUCUCUUCUGUCACACCCCGAACUGGCAGUUCUGGAGCAAAGGAGAUGAAAGCCAAGGGGGCUGAUGGUAAAACUGGAACGAAGAUCGCCACACCCCGGGGAGCGACCCCUUCAGGCCAGAAAGGCCAGGCCAAUGCCACCAGGAUUCCAGCGAAAACCACGCCCUCCCCCAAGACCCCACCGGGCGGUGAAUCUGGAAAAUCUGGGGAUCGCAGUGGCUACAGCAGCCCCGGCUCCCCAGGCACUCCUGGCAGCCGCUCCCGCACCCCGUCCCUGCCAACCCCACCCACCCGGGAGCCCAAGAAGGUGGCGGUGGUCCGCACCCCACCCAAGUCGCCGUCUGCAGCCAAGAGUCGCCUGCAGACCGCCCCUGUGCCCAUGCCAGACCUAAAGAACGUCAGAUCCAAGAUCGGCUCCACUGAAAACCUGAAGCACCAGCCAGGAGGUGGGAAGGUGCAGAUAAUUAAUAAGAAGCUGGAUCUUAGCAACGUCCAGUCCAAGUGUGGCUCAAAGGAUAAUAUCAAACACGUGCCAGGAGGCGGCAGUGUGCAAAUAGUGUACAAACCAGUGGAUCUGAGCAAGGUGACCUCCAAGUGCGGCUCAUUAGGCAACAUCCAUCAUAAGCCAGGAGGCGGUCAGGUGGAAGUCAAAUCUGAGAAGCUGGACUUCAAGGACAGAGUCCAGUCGAAGAUCGGGUCCCUGGACAACAUCACCCACGUCCCUGGCGGAGGGAAUAAAAAGAUCGAAACCCACAAGCUGACCUUCCGUGAGAACGCCAAAGCCAAGACCGACCACGGGGCGGAGAUCGUGUACAAGUCGCCCGUGGUGUCCGGGGACACGUCUCCGCGGCACCUGAGCAACGUGUCCUCCACGGGCAGCAUCGACAUGGUCGACUCGCCCCAGCUCGCCACGCUAGCCGACGAAGUGUCCGCCUCCCUGGCCAAGCAGGGUUUGUGAUCAGGCCCCCGGGGCGGUCAAUGAUCGUGGAGAGAAGAGAGUGUGGAAAAAAAAAGAAUAAUGAUCUGGCCCUUCUCGCCCUCUGCCCUCCCCCAGCUGCUCCUCACAGACCGGUUAAUCGGUUAAUCACUUAACCUGCUUUUGUCGCUCGGCUCUGGCUCGGGACUUCAAAAUCAGUGACGGGAAAAAGCAAAUUUCAUCUUUCCAAAUUGAUGGGUGGGCUAAUAAUAAUAAAAUAUUUUUAAAACAAUU